AACGCCCGUUGCCGUUGGCGCCAUUUUUUCAGCUCGGUCGGCGUUCUCCUCAUGAGGGCCUCGACCGACAAAGUUUAUCAAAAUUACAAAAUUAAUCGCUUAAACUUCUGUGCUCGGAUUUUAUGAAGGAAAGGGAGCCUCGCCGGAACGUCGCUCCUGUGCCGGCUUUGCCUAGACGACAAUGAGUCGUCCACAAAGUAUGCAGAGGAGCCUAUGCCCGGACAUUCGUUUUGGAAGGCGGACAGGGAGACAACUUAAUAUAAAUGUUUGGGAUGGUGCUGCAAACAUCAACGACUACUUUGCUGAUUUACCUGAGGACAGCGGUGACGAGAUUUCCUUCAUCCCAGAAAUCGGGUCCGAAAACAGGAGCAAUGUUCACAAAAGCCCGGCUCCGCAUGGCGACUUGCGCAAAAGCCUACACCGAUAUGACCCACGAAGAAGCCACGUGGCGGUUGACGUGCACAGAAGCCAAGCGCCGGCUGAUGCUUGCGAAAGUCAGAUGCUAGCUAACGCACGUAGAAGUCUGGGACUGGCUGACUCUGUGAAAAGGCCGUCAACGAACAAUGUUCAUAGGACCUUUGUUCAAAGAGAGGAAUCCUUUGGCCAGUCACUGAAGCAGCAGAAGGAGGAACAUUUGAAGGAGCAGGCUUUUGUGGACCGGCUGAAAUUGGACGAAAUAGAGACUUUGGAUGAAGAACAUGAUGCAGUUCCAACCAGGCACAGCGCUGUUCCGGACAAGAUUGUUUCCACCUGCAAGUUGUUGUCAAAGGUUUUGAAUAAGGUCACUCCCCGUGUCACCAACGAGCUGGACAGAGGACAGAAUCCCACUGGUUCGGUGUCACGAGUCUAUCAAAUGCCGAGUCCCCGCUCCGUGCUCAAGGGCGUUGUUUCCAAAAAGAGGUUGAUGUUCGACGAUGUUGAAGGCUCGGAAAAACUCUCUGUGGCAGCUCCACCUCAUGGUGUAAACCCUCCGAAAACAACACCAUUGAAGGCCACAGUCUCAAGCGUGGCGCCAAGGCCAAACCUCUCUACGAGCAAGUACCUUGCCAUUCUUGAGGCGGACGAUGAGUUCUGCGACGACUUUGAGGUCAUGGAUGAUGACAUGAGCUCAGAAGGGUGGCUCUCCCUGCCGCGCUCCAAGAGCAAGAAUAAUGCCAAGGAGGUCUGGCCUGCCAAGCAAAACAAUGUCCGAAACCGAGAGGUAACGAGAAACAAAAGUGUGAACGCGGACACGCGUGCUGCUGCUACUGGCCCAUCGGCCCUUGCUGUUACCGCCACAGGCUCGCAGGCGAAUGCAAGGAUUGCCACACCCAGCGGCGAAGGUAAGAAGGCAUACAAGAAAGACUCCGUAGCUCCUGCCUCGAAUGUUACGACAAAAUCGUUAUCCAAAUCGCAGGCUGUGGAAGUGGAGGAAACCGAGUCUACUCGUCACCUCGGGAGCAGCAGGUUGGUGAAAUCGAGGCCGAGCACUUUUCAGCCGCCACAGAUAGCGAGCGUGGCUGAUAAGACCACAGAACGUGCGUCAAGUUCCUUAAAGGUGCAGCGCACUAGCGCCUCUUACCAUGCAGCGGAUAAAAGCAACCCAAAGAGCACGAACAAGAGGCGAGCAGACUUUGAGGACGAUGAAAAGUCCGGAGAGGAGGAGUUGCAGGAAGAGGAGCAGGAGAGCGACAGUGCCGAGUCAUCGUCACUGUCCGAGGUAAAGGGCGGUCGCCCAGUCCAAGCCAGCCGACGUUUUGUGGAAGACGAUGAAUCCACGGAUUCUCAGGCGGAAGAUGACCGUGGGGGCAACAUCACCGGCAAGACAUUGCCUUCAAAGAAUAAAAUUUAUCAGAAGGAAGCGAUGAGACCGACACAGGCUAUAUCAAAACCAAAGCAGAAACAAUCCAAGACGACGCUCGGCCGUCGCGUAUCCAAGCCACCAGGUAAUUGGUGGAUUGUGACGGAUAUCGACCCCUCCACCGUUCCCAAUUAUGAUCGCAGUGGCAGGCAGGCGGCGGUCUCCACCCCCCAGCAGCCUCCGUCCCACUCGCAAAAGAAAUCUACGUCGUCCUGCCCACCGCAUUCACCGCCAUCGCCCUCUCCAUCAUCACGGUCUGCAUCACCGUCCCCUCCGGAAAAAGUUGCCAAGUCUGAGAAACCGAAUCACUCGGCCAAGAAGCAGAAGAGGGAAAGCCGUGGCCGAGAGGAGGCCCCGAUCCCAGUUUACACGCCAAAGUCCAUUCUCAAGCAGGGCAACCAUCACGUGCGAAAGAGACAGCGGGAAACGGUGAACUUUGUCUCGAGCCAGAAGAAGUGGGACGAGCACAUGCAAGGAAACCAGGAGAUGGGUGGCAAUGAGGGGGGCAGCACAUUGACCUCGCAGUCGCCGACGCCACCCCCUCGCAAGUCCACCUUUGGCACAAGGCUGCCCAUGCUCGCCCAGAAAGGCCAUCGCUCAGCCUUCUCCACCUUCAGUGAAGUCUACAUGGAUACCCCAAACUCGGCGUCAAAGAAGGACCGCUCGCAGCAGCAGCAGCAAAGCCGGGUCUUAACGCCAUGCUCCAGGCUCAAGCUUCCCUCCGGCGUGAGCGUGCCGGGCUCGGCACGCCAAAAGAGCUCUCUCCAGCACACGCCCGCAAGCCACAGCAAGUGGCAGCAACAGUCUGAGCCGAUGGUGACGGACACGGAUUCGUCCCUGCAGCAAAGCAGAAAUGAUUCUGCUGAAGGACACCUCUCCCAAAACAAGCUACCCCAGAGUUCCGUCCAGGAAUCUGUGAAAAAGGCACUGCAUCGACAACGGACAAGCGGAGUAUUGUUUAAGGACAGGCCUGAGGCCACACAGGGUGGCAGCAAGGGAAGGAAAACUCAAAGGCCAUCGCCUUCGCCUGAGGUCUACGGUGAAUCCUACGACAAUAGCGCUGAUAACGAUGAUGAUCCCGAUUAUCAAGAGCCUAACACCGUCACGACCGACAGCACAGUGGGAACCACACUGUCUGAGAACGCAUCAAUAGAGGAGCCGUCGGAAGUGGAUGGCACACCGUUGGAGAAUCACAGUGUCUAUGGCAACAAGCCAUCGUCCAAGCAUCACGGCACCCAUUACUCUGAGGAGAGCAUGCAGGAUGACUCUAUGGAGGGAGUCCAGUGCCCGAAAAAGCAGCAGCAGCACCACAAGAAGAUCAGGCUGCCGACAAACACUCCGGGCAUGCGGCGGUCGGAGCGCACACGCGUACCCGCACUGAAAUUCUGGGCUGGAGAGCGCAUCAAGUACAAGCUCCGGCGAUCAGGUGGGUUUCUAGUAUCAGGAAUCAUCUCUCCAGAGCAGGUGAACCCCCAACAGGCCCAGAGGAAGAAUAUGAAAACCAACAUUCGUAGACCGAAGAACCCACGGGUCACGCCAUUCUCCGUUUCCAGCGACCACAACGCCAACCUACCAGUGAAUCUGUCGAUCCAAACGGAAGACAUACCGGAGGAGAUGGACCUCGCGGACUUUAAUGAAGGCACACCUGUGCAGGGUCUCAACGAGAACGAAGAGUUCGUCAUGGACUGCGUGCGUACGCAGGACAUGUGCGCGUACCUGGGACCCCACCGGCAAGCCCUGCAGCCCACGGACGCGUUGGGUGUGUGGAAGGCACUGAGUCAACCCACGUUCGCCUGCGGCUACUUCAUCCUGCGACCACAGCAAGAGAAGGGGCUGCAGUACGUCAACAUGGACACCAUGCUGUUCAACGUCAUACAGGGAAAAGUUGCCAUUACCAUUCACAACUCCAACUACAUCCUGCAGACUGGAGACAUGUUUGUUGUACCGCCCGGUAACGUCUACAACGUUCGCAAUCUACGUUACGACCAAGCCUCAUUGUUUUUCACACAAAUCAAGGGAAGUCAGCAGAAAGGCGUCGCUGUGUCAUCACAACCUCCUGGCAAGGGGCAACAACACCGUCACCACCACGCGUCUCCCCACAAAUAGACUGACUAAUCGAAGUAAUUUGUCAUUAAUUGUGAUCAGGAUCGAUUGUCAAUUUCACAAGUCAAAAGCAUCAACGAUGAAACUGUUUGAAACAUGCCAACGUUCACACCGCCGUGCCGUGUUCUGUUUAUUGUUAGGUGUUUUGCUUUUUAAAGGAUGUUUAUUUGUGCUUAUCAAUAAAGAUACAUUUUAAUAAAGCUAGUAAAAAAUGCGCUUAGUUUUAACUCGACAUGAUUUAAAGCCCAAGGUGUCAAAGUGUGCCACAUUUUUUAUGCGUAUUUCACAUUUUUCAAUUUGGAUGCACACAGUAUUUAAUAAGCAUUUGGAAAUGUUGUGAAAUCGUUUUUGAAUUGUAACGACUAAGCGAGGCUGUAAAUAAAGCUAGCCGUGUGUGUGUACUUGUGCAUGCAUCACAACUUUGCCUGUCAAUUUGGCUUUUAGAACAUUGCACGUGUGUAAUUUUUUCUGGUCCUCUCUUUUAAUGCAAAUGGAAUUUGUUUUCCAUUUGUUGCUGCGUAGAAUGAGUGUGGAGCGGUGUUGUAGCGGUUAGCGCGCGCUGCGCUACGAACCCGGCGACCCGGCCAACACCAGGUGACGAUUAUCUGAACCGGUCCUAGGCCUCCCCUUUGUCGACUCAGCCUCAAAUGAGUGCCUGGUGCGGUGUGUAAACGUCGCCACUGGGGAGACGAAGGCGACUGUGUGGUGUUGGUGAACCCACCCCCACGUGUGCCAUCCCAGCCUUCAUCGAUGCUCGCUAAGACACUUGCCCCAACAGUCUGUAAAGGCUCUGAACCUUAUGGCGGUACCCCCCGGGGUACCAUAGCACCUCGGCUCUCGCAUAAUGUCCGUGAUGCCGUAAUUUUUAGUCUGUUGGUCGGUGAUGUGGCAAUCGACCCAUCUUAACGAGCUGUACACGUUGCACUACGGUGCACACGAGCGUUCAGGGUUUCGGCGCAAUCGUCCACGCUGCGUUUCGACAUUGCGGAGUAGCACCGAUGUCGGAUCGAUUGGUACCCCAGUCGCGGAGUUGAGUACACCCCUAGAAAAAAAGUCCCAGAAAUCAAAUAUUUUAUUGCCUCGGCCAUUUUGUAUUAUUUGGUACCCGGGGUACCGCCAUAAGGUUCACAUGGGGGAUUGUUGUUUAAACAUCUGCAUAGAGCAAACCAUCAUAUGUAAAAUAAGUAUCACAAACGCUGCACCACUUAAUCUGCAAAUGCUAGUUUCACAAGUGAUAAUCCACUUUUGCAGCUGCACGUUUGAGCCAUGCAAGCAUGACAUGGCUAAUUUUUCCAUUGGCAAUUUACCAAGAUUGGGCAAAACCCAAAGUGUGAUCUGCUGGCCUCUCAACACAUCCGAGUGGCUUGGGUUCAAGCCACGCUUGGAGAGACUCGUGACGCGUGUAACGCGUCUGAUGUCGCUCUGUACAACUCUUAACGCAGCCUCAUCCACACGUGACGUGACAAAUUGCGUGUGAUCGUGGCAUGGCUCUGCUUGGGCAGUGUAAAAGCAACGAGCGCUCUCUGACCCACGCUGCUGGCCUGCCUCUGCAGUGCGGAGAUGUGCAAGUAGACGUAUUUGUAUGAUGGACUGAGUUAAAAUGAGCAUAAUUACGUAAUAUAACACUUUCAAAAGUGGGGAUUGUUGAUUGUGCAGACGUGGGUGAGGAGAGACUUGCAGGGCUGGGCCGGGUGGCCUAUCGAGAAAAACUGUCCAUAAAAUAGGUUGGCUGUUUUGAAUGAGUUCUUUGUAAAUAUUGGAUAAACGUGUAUGUCUAUAGAUUCCAUUACACCCAUAUGGUUAGUAUUCUUCGUUUUAAAGAUGCAGUUGUGAUUUUGGAAGCUCCGCUGUUUCCUCGGUGCUCGGGAUGUGUUUCCGAUUUUUUUAGACGAAUACAAAUCGGACUCUGAUCAUCAAUGUUUGGACGGUCCAACAAUUGUUGUUUUGGAUUGAUAUGUCGCAUGAAAUGGCAUCAUUUUCGUUGCUCUUCUUGCUGGCAGAGUGAGUGGCGGUGGAAGCGACGUCACUAUUGUUAGCACGAAAAGAUACCUUGGUGAUUGUGUUUAUGAUGUAUAGGAGCCGAAAACAUGCCUCCGUGGAGGAGUUUUGUAUUUACUUCGGACGCAAAAAGCAUAUUUUUGUAUUUAGCGAACCUGUCGUAUUUUGAAAUAAAAGGGUGUAUACAAUGCCUUUUUGAUUGCA